AUGUGAAUUUCUUCAAAGUAAGAAAUCUUCAGAGGAAAUUGCCCAGUAUAUCCAAGGCUAUGAGGGAUUUGUUCAUGUAACGGGAGAACAUUUUGUGAAUUCCUGGGUCAGAAGAGAAUUACCUAUGGUAUCAGGUAAAACUUCAGACACAUUCCAAACUCUGCUUGUCUCUUUUUUUUAGGAUUAUCCUAGAAAAUCUGGAGUUGUCUUCCUGUGAGUUGGCAGCUGUAUGUGCUGUUGAACUGACCCNAUUCCUUUUCUAGGCAAAAAGGGUAUUGUCCAGUGUUUUUCCUGUGGAGGAUGCAUGGAGAAGUGCACAGAAGGUGACGACCCAAUAGAAGAUCACACCAAGUUUUUUCCCAACUGUGUACUUCUCCAAACCCCGAAGUCCUCUGCAGAAGUGAUUCCAGCCCUUCAGAGCCAGUUUGUACUUCCAGAAGCCAUGGAAACCACAAGUGAAAGCAACCAUGAUGAUGCAGUAGCAGUUCAUUCUACAGUGAUGGAUGUUGCUCCAAGUGAAGCCCAGGAACUUGAACCUGCAUCCAGCUUUGUGUCUGUUCUCUGUAGAGGCCAGGACCAGAGUGAAGCUCAAGGAUGUAGAUGUUCAUCCAGUGGGACCUAUCUUCCCUCCACAGACUUGGGUCAGAGUGAAACCCAGUGGUUUCAAGAGGCCAGGAGUCUGAGUGAGCAGUUGAGAGACACCUACACCAAAGCCACUUUCCGCCACAUGAACUUGGCAGAAGUGUGCUCCAGCCUCGGCACUGACCACUUGCUCAGCUGCGAUGUGUCCAUCAUUUCAAAACACAUCAGCCAGCCUGUGCAAGGGGCCCUGACGAUCCCUGAGGUCUUCUCCAAUCUCAGCUCUGUCAUGUGUGUGGAGGGGGAAACUGGCAGUGGAAAGACAACCUUCCUGAAGAGGAUAGCUUUUCUCUGGGCAUCAGGAUGCUGUCCCCUGUUGUACAGGUUCCAGCUGGUCUUCUACCUCUCCCUUAGUUCCAUCACGCCAGACCAGGGACUGGCCAACAUCAUCUGUGCCCAACUCCUAGGGGCAGGAGGCUGCAUUAGUGAAGCAUGUCUGAGCAGCAGCAUCCAGCAGUUACAACACCAGGUGCUGUUCCUGUUGGAUGACUUCAGCGGGCUGGCCUCACUCCCCCAAGCCCUCCACACACUGAUCACAAAAAACUACUUGUCACGGACCUGCUUAUUGAUUGCUGUGCAUACAAACAGGGUCAGAAGCAUCCGCCCAUAUCUAGAUACGAGUCUAGAGAUCAAAGAGUUUCCCUUAUCCAACACUGUCUAUAUAUUAAAGAAGUUCUUCUCCCAUAAUAUAAAACGUCUACUAGCGUUUAUGGUUUAUUUUGGACGGCAUGAAGAUUUACAGGGAAUUCACAAGACCCCCCUCUUUGUGGCAGCAGUAUGUACUGACUGGUUUGAAAAUCCAUCUGACCAGCCCUUUCAGGAUGUGGCACUUUUCAAGGCCUAUAUGCAAUACCUGUCCUUAAAGCACAAAGCAACAGCUAAGCCUCUCCAGGCCACCGUGUCCUCAUGUGGGCAGCUGGCCUUGACAGGGCUUUUCUCAUCGUGCUUUGAGUUCAAUAGUGAUGACCUGGUAGAGGCAGGAGUUGAUGAAGAUGAAGAGCUCACCACCUGCUUGAUGAGCAAAUUCACUGCCCAGAGACUGAGACCAGUCUACCGGUUUUUAGGUCCUCUGUUCCAGGAGUUUCUCGCUGCCAUGAGACUGACUGAACUCCUGAGUUCAGAUAGGCAGGAAGACCAAGAUCUGGGACUUUAUUAUUUGAGACAAAUUAACUCAGCCUUGAAGGCUUUGACCACAUACAACAAUUUUUUGAAGUAUAUCUUUAACCAUCCGUCAUCAAAGGCAGGGCCAACAGUUGUAUCUCAUUUGCUUCAGUUGGUGGAUGAGACAGACUUGCUGGAGAACAUGUCUGAAAAUGAGGACUAUGUAAAUCACCCUCCAGAAACUUCCCGAAUAAUGAAGGGACUUAAGGAAAUGUGGCUGUUAGCUCCUGAAACUUUCUCUUCAUUUGUUUCAGAAAAUUUAUUGAGCAUUGCUCUAAACUUUGCUUAUGAAAGCAACACGGUUGCUGAAUGUUCUCCAUUCAUUUUGCAGUUCCUUAGAGGGAGAACACUGGCUUUGAAAAUACUGAAUUUACAAUACUUUAGGGACCACCCAGAAAGCCUGUUACUGGUGAAGAGUUUGAAAGUCUCCAUAAAUGGAAAUAAAGUGCCAAAAGUUGUAGAUUAUUCAGUCAUGGAAAAAAGUUUUGAAACAUUACAGCCGCCAACUAUAGAUCAGGACUAUGCAUCCGCCUUUGAACAAAUGAAGGAACAUGAGAAAAAUUUAUCUGAAAAUGAAGAGACCAUAAAGAGUAUUAAGAAUAUCUUCCCCUUACAGCCACCUAAAAUAAGCUCUGGCUAUUGGAAACUGUCCCCCAAGCCAUACAAGAUCCCUAGGCUGGAAGUUGAAGUGGCCAACACGGGUCCAGCAGAUCAAGCACUGCUCCAGGUCCUCAUGGAAGUCUUCUCAGCUUCACAGAGUAUUGAGUUCUGUUUAUCCGACAGCAGUGGCUUCCUAGAAAGCAUCCACCCAGCUCUGGAGCUGAGUAAGGCCUCUGUCACCAAGUGUUCCAUGUCCAGGCUGGAGCUCAGCAGAUCAGAACAGGAGCUGCUUCUCACCCUGCCUGCCCUGCAGUCUCUCGAGGUCUCAAAGACAAAGCAGUUACCAGAUCAGCUCUUCCAUAACUUGCACAAGUUCCUGGGCCUGAAAGAACUGUGUGUGAGACUAGAUGGCAAACCGUAUGUGCUCUCAGUCCUUCCUGGAGAGUUCCCAAACCUCCAUCACAUGGAGAAGUUAUCCAUCAGAACCUCCACGGAGUCUGACCUCUCCAAACUAGUUAAAUUGAUUCAGAACUCUCCAAAUCUCCAUGUUUUCCAUCUGAAAUGUGAUUUCCUUUCGAAUUGUGACUCUCUCAUGGCUGUGCUUGCUUCCUGCAAGAAACUCAGAGAGAUUGAGUUUUCUGGACGAUGCUUUGAAGCCAUACCCUUUGUUAACAUUUUGCCAAAUUUUAUUUCUCUGAAGAUAUUGAAUCUUAUAAGCCAACAAUUCCCAGAUAAGGAAACAUCAGAAAAGUUUGCCCAGACUCUGGGUUCUCUCAGGAACCUGGAGGAACUGCUCGUUCCCACUGGGGACGGGAUUCACCAAGUGGCCAAACUGAUUGUCCAGCAGUGUCUGCAGCUUCCGUGUCUCCGAGUUCUCGCCUUUCACCACAUCUUGGACAAUGACAGUGUGAUUGAAAUUGCCAGGGUGGCAACCAGUGGAGGUUUCCAGAAACUCGAGAAGUUGGAUCUUUCCAUGAAUCACAAGAUUACCGAGGAAGGAUACAGACAUUUCUUUCAAGUCCUGGACAACCUACCAAACUUACAGAAUCUGAACAUCUGCAGACAUAUCCCAGAAUGCAUUCAAGUUCAGGCCACCACUAUCAAGGCUCUGGGUCAAUGUGUGUCCCGACUGCCAAGCCUCACUAGGCUGUACAUGCUCAGUUGGCUCCUGGAUGAAGAGGACAUGAAAGUGAUUAAUGAUGUGAAGGAAAGACACCCCCAGUCCAAACGCUUGAUUAUCUUCUGGAAGUGGAUAGUCCCGUUCUCUCCUGUUGUUCUGGAGUAAAGGAUGCUCCUGAAGGUUACUGACAGUUCUAAAUACCAGAUUUCCUAAAACACUUUACUUUAGUUGGGCAUGAUGGUAUAUCCCUGUACUUUCAACAUUUAGGACACUGGGGUGCAAGAAUCAAGAAGUUCAGACCAGAUCCUGUUUCACAGCUAAAGACACAACUAUCCAUCCUACUAAAGAA